UAUAGUGGAUGGAUGGAUGAAUGGAUAGAUAAGUAGAUACAUAGAUGGAGGAAGUAUAUAAAUAUAUAGGAAUACAUUCUCUAUUCUCCUCUUUGUCCCGGCUGCAGUCCAAGACCGGAAGUGCCCAGGCGCAACCGAACGAACUGAGCCCUUUGCGCUCGGCUCGCCAGCCCAGCCCGCGGUCGCUCGCGACGGGUUCUGCCCUGCGCGUGCGCAGAGCGCCGCCGGUCCCUCUUCCCACAAUGUACCGCGUGAGUGAGGCGGAAGCGCCGGGCGAGGAUGGGGCCAAGAUGGCGCCUGGCGUUGGGGGCGCUUUUGUGGUUUCUGGUCGCCCCUUCGCGAUCAGCCGAGGGAAUAGCUGAGAACGAUGCCAAAGCUCCAGCCAGUCUGACGGGCACAACUCCGUGUUGGCGGAGGGAGGAUUUCGUGGUGACCACGCAGUGCGCUCCUUGCACAAGUUUUCAGAUUAAAACCAUGUCUGAAUGCGGCGUCACCGGUUUUGUUGAGCAGAUCAACUGUGGGGUUUCCAAGAAGGGCGAGUUCAAGAGUUGCCGCUCUUUGGAAAUGGAGACGCGGAUCUUCUGGAACUUUGAGGGUGCCAUGCUGGGGACCGCUGCCGUCUUCGCCCUGCUGGUGGUCUGCCGCCAGCGGGUGCUGGAUGGGAAAGCCUUGGAGAAAGUCCGGAAACAGAUCGAAUCUAUUUAGCUUCGGUUGGGGCAGCAAAGCGGAGGGGGACAGACCCAGACUCGCCGCCCGGAGGAGCAGUCUAGCAUCACCUCCUCUCGUUGAAAAUUCCCCUCCCACUUUCAACUAGAGGGGAGGGGGUGGGCUGUACCCCCAGGGACAAGUAUCGCUUCUCUCUUCAGGAGGCUGGCAAAAGCCGGGGUGCAUCCUUUGCUUUGAGAAAACCCAUGGCAUUUGGGGCCUCCUCCUCCCAGAUCCUGCGUCUCUUGGUGUUUUGAAUCAUGAAAUUCGAACUCGCUUCCCGGCCAGGAACUUCUUCCCGUCGCUGUCCUUUGAGCCUCGGGGCUAGAAGCGCGUCGUGCGAAUGGAACGCAAACCCCUUUUAAUCCCUUCCCUGUCCUGAAUCCCGUUUUCUCCUAUUUAUGAUUAAAGGAGUUCUCCUCAAGUGUCUAACCA